AUGGUGAGCUUUGGUCAGCUGGGCUUGGACCUGUUGAUUCAUUGUUCAGACCUCUGCAUCUGUGGAACCUUUGUGGUGGUUUUCCUCCAACUGCGCAAGAGAAGAUCUGCUGCUGGCCUGUCCCUGCAGACCUUAGCGACGGUAGUUGGAGCGAGGGUCAUUCAUCUCAUCAGCCACAACAUCCAGUUGCACUACUCGCCGAACGUCUUCCCAUGGUUCAUCUAUCCAAUCAUGGAUGUAGUGAGUGCUUGUGCGGGGGUGGCGCUGCUGGUGUCAUUUUGCUUUUACUACUACCCCAGCUAUGAGAAAGAGAAGGACAAUUUCGGCAUUCACAUUUUUGAGAGGUUUGAGCUCAUAGGCAAGAAUAGCCCCCUCAAGACGAAUCCCUUUGUUGCAGCCUCUUUUCUCUAUGGUGUGGUGGCAGUCCUUGCUUUGAUGUGGUACACUGUGCGGAGAUCGAAUCACAGCUUCCUCGUCAGCUACUUCUGCUGCUACUAUGAAGCAAUGGGGGCAGUAGCAUUGAUUCCACAGCUGUGGAUGUUUCAUCAAGACAAGCGAGUUUCGCCUUUGCUCGCGAAUUUUGUGGUGCUCACAGCCAUGCAUCGCUUGUUCACCCUUGCCUUUUGGAUCUUCUACCCUCGGGUCUUCUAUUGGCGUUAUCCGGACAAUCGAGGCAUUCAGAUGGCGUCAGAGACCUUGAACAUUCUGAUUCUCUCGGACUUCCUCUUCUACUGGGCCGCUCAGCGUCAGAUCCGCGAUGGAGAUUUCCAGGCCGUUCCGCGCUCCUGGGUGGGUGGCCUGAAAACCCCAGGAGGUGCAGCGUGCUGCGGGGUAGAAGGCGGCCGAGCAGGUGCAGGAGGUCGGACGCCUCGCUUCGUCACAGGGGCGUUGGAAUUGUCCACCUGGGCGCAGAAGCAGUUGGCCAAGGCCUCGCAACAGGCAGAUGGCCGGGGGGGGUGCAUUCGAGUGGAUCGGGUGGAGUUCGAUGGGACGGCUGGGAGGAAGCUGCUCUGGGAGUGCUACGGGCGCCCGGGGGGAGUCUUUCCGCCGGAUGGAUGCUUGCUUGUGGAGGGCAUCCAGGAGCGGCCGCACCUGAACGGCCAGUUGGCCGAGGUGGUGGAUUGGUAUGCCAACCGAGGCCGCUUCCAGGUGAAGGUGGACGGCGUGUCGAUGCUCUUGAAGCCCGAAGCGCUGCGAGCUCCCGACACCUCUGAUGAAUCCGCUUGGUUGAAGUCGGAAAGCCAUUUUCGAGACCUCCCUGCUUGUGUGGUUCAGCGCGUGGCGGUGGCUUUGCCAGCCAGGACGGUGGCCGCGCUGGGUGCGAGUUCCAGGGCCUUGCGGGUCUCCUUGUGCCUUUGCGCGGAGGCUCGCUCCCUUUGGCUCACCCUGCUGCAGCGUGGCCACGGGCGUGCGGCGGUGCAGGUGGUCCGAGCCACGCACUCGCUGUUGGAUGGCCUGGAUCUCUAUCGCGUGGCACGUGGUCUGAAGCGGCUCUUCGAACGAAGCUUCGAGCUGGUGGAGGGAGGCGUGGAUCAGCAGUCUGGUGGCUUCGGGGUGGUUGCCUGCCCUGUGGCACGAAACUUGGCGAACGUGAACGUGGGCGCGCAGGGCGCCGUGCGCCACGUGGCCGGGCCGGCCGCCGAGGACGCCAUCGCCCGACUGCGGGCGGAAAGGCUGAACGAGCUGGACCUUGUGACCUUGGUGCAUGGUGGCUUGCUGGCGGAGAAGCUGGCCCUGACGGUGACCGAGAUUCCCUACGAGGUCUUGCAGAUCUUCCAGAUGCCCUACGUGGGCGAUGAGCAGCGCCAUGGAACACUCAUGUCGUGGCUCACUCGUUUGCACGCGGCCCUCCUGCACACCGUGCGCGCCGCCGGUUAUCGGAGCGUCUCGAUGCCCACUCUGUGCACUGGCGGCAUCGGCAUCCCGGUGCAGUUCGUCGCCGUGGCGGCGGUGCGCAGCGUCUACUGGGACUUCUGCGCGCACCCCACGGACCCUAUGCGGGUCCGACUCUGCUGCUUCGAGCUGGGCCACCUCCGGAUGGCCCGGGCCGUGAAGAUGGAGGUCCUGGACCACUUCUACCGACCGGAAGUGGCUGAGGAGUUGGUGGGUCUUCUCCAUAGGUCUGACGGCGUCGGCGAAGGAGAGGUGACUCCUGAGGACCUGCCGCUCUCAGACGAAGACCCCGAGGACAUGCUGGGCCUCGAGCCCGGAGCCCUUCCGAGCGGCGGAAAAUGGGACCUGAGAGAAGCGGGGCAGAGAGGAGGGCAGACAGGGCGGAAAGGUCUGGACGGUGGAAGUGCAGGGAUGAUGACGGGUGAUGUGUCUGGGAAUGUGGAUCAUUGGGACGGGCUCGCUGGACGGGACUCCUUGGGGAGACCGAUUUCUCGAAGGGCACGUGGAGGCGAAGCGGCACGUGCGGCGGAAGGGGCUCAGCUGGAUCGCCUCGUGCUCAAACUCGAGGAUGCUGCCGUCUCUGGCGGCCUCGAGAUGCGUGCGGUGUCCUCCAAUGAGGAUGCGGACUUCCAAGCGCGCGUGAAGGUCAUGAAGGAGUUCAUGAGCAGCGAGCGCUUUAAGCACACCACUCGACCCUACAAGGUGGAGGAUGUGGUUAAGCUACAGGGCACCUUCCCCAUGUACUUCAACGGCGCCAAGGUGUCGGAGAAGCUCUAUAAGAUGCUCCGUGAGCACCAGGCCAAGGGCACCUGCUCCCACACCUUUGGUGCGCUGGACACCGUCCAGGUCACUCAGAUGGCAAAGUACUUGACCUCCGUUUACGUGAGCGGCUGGCAGUGCUCCUCAACCGCCUCCACCUCCAACGAGCCCGGCCCAGAUGUGGCUGAUUACCCUUAUGACACCGUGCCCAACAAGGAGAAUGUGCUGUACCUCUAUGCGAUUCAGAGAGUGCAGCUGACGCCAGCGGUCAAAGAGGAUGUGAAGCUGUUGACUGGAGGACAGCAGGUGGUCGACAUUGAGUGGAGGGUGCAGAACCGAACGGUGAGGGGCAGCGGCCAGGCACGCAGUAAGAAGGCGGCACGGAGGGACGCGGCCAGACAGUUGCUCCAGAAGCUGCCAGUGAGCGAGGAGGCCGCACUGCAGAUGCGGAAGCAAAUGCUCUCGGGGCUUCGCUACAAGCUGUCAGCGGAGGUGCUGGAGGAUCGUCCCGGCGAGCCGGGCGAGUCUGGCUCGGUGCAUUCGGUGACCUGGCGGGUUCCGCGGCCGCAGAACCGGCCCCCCUUGGAGCUCACGGCCGAGGGCCGGGGUGCCACAGCCGCUGAAGCGCAGGCCGAUGCUUUGGAACACUUAUAUGUCCAGGCCGCCGCUCAGCCGGCGCUCCAGCAGAGUGUCCACGUGGCGAAGGCCGAGCGCCGCGAGGUCCAGCAGCAGCAGCUGCUGGAGGAGGCCGCGCAGCAGCGGCAGCAGCAGCUGGACGCCGCGCAGUCGCAGCUGAGCGACGCGGCGGCAGGGGAGCUUGUAGUGAGGCACAAUUUGGUGGUGCUACGCCGACGGGUGAAGGUGAAAGAUGAGGUGCUGGCACAUGAGGCGGGCUACCAUUGUGUCCUCCGCUGGUUCUGGGACGAUCCCAGCGGCGAGGCGCGCGAGGCGCGCGUGAGCGCCUUGGGUGGCAAGAAGCGCAUUGCGAAGGCGGAGGCCAUGCGGCGGAUGCUGCAGGAGCAGGGCUUCGAAGCACUGGAGGUGAGCGCGCUCAACGAGGCCGCGGGAGUUCGUGCCUUGGCCAAGGACUCGGGUCCUGCAGCUGCAUCGUCAGCAUGUGACUUCAUGUCCCGAUGGCCACCCUCCUACUGGAGCUUGGUCUUGCUGGACGUUUGGCGACAGUCCCUGGCCCUGCGGGACACGAAGGCCCUCGAAGUGCUGGGCCGCGCGGUGCGGGAGCUGCCCAGGGAGGGCUUAGGCCCCAGGCUUUGGGAAUCGCUCUUGGAUGCACCGGCGCACGUGGCGUGUGGGGCUACAGCUGCUGAGGCCCUGCGAGCCUUGCAGGGCACCCGGCUGGAUGCGGCUCAAUUCCCUUCGGCGGCGCACAGGGACUAUUUCCAACACUUCCGGCUGCUCAUGGCCAUGGAAAGGGUGGGAGCCAACCAGGCGAUGGUGGAAGAGCUGCGCACCCAAGCGGAGGCACCCUAUUUGAGGAUGAGACAGCAGCAUUUUGUGUUGCCCUACCUGACCCUGGUGCCUCCACGCGAUUGGGAUGGCUCCCUCCUAAGCUCCCUGCGGCAAGGAGAUGUGGUGUACCUGCGCUCGGACGAGCGGGAUCACCUGGCAGUGGUGACGACCAUUGUGAAGGAAGGCAAGCCGAAGUUGACUGUCCGCUGUCAUACCCUCAGCAUGGAUGAUGUGGACGAGGAGUGGUUCGAUGUCUAUGGCCUCGAGUCCGAGGUCACGGCCUUCAGGUGCAUUUCGGCACUCUGGGCCUCCGCGCAGCCGCGCCUCUCCGCGGACGAGGGACGAGCCGCGCCGCAGGCCUUGGGCCGGGAGAUGUCCCAGAUCAUCGUGGAAGCCUUCGGCGCGCCCGGCGCGCGACAUCUGGAGAGCGCCCGACGGGCCCUGGCGAAGCGGCCGGUGGAGCAGUUGGAGCAGUCUGUGGAGCUGGUGCAGAAGGCCGCCCUCGCCACCGGGCAGCGCCUCUCCCAGGCUCAGCUGAACUCUGUGAUUGCUUCCCUUCAGCAGCGGCUCACCUUGAUCCAAGGCCCCCCAGGCACUGGGAAGACCACCGCUGCGGCGGCCGUGGUCAUGGGCUGGCGCUCCAGUGGGCAGCGGAUUUUGUGCGCGGCGGACUCGAACGUGGCGGCGGACCAGCUGCACAGAGCCCUGCGCAAGUGGGGCAUCAAAUCCUACCGCUUCGCACCAGCCGAAAUGCGCAAAGCAGCCUCGAUCUAUGACAAGAUGAUGAUGGCUCAGGAUGCGCUCGGCAGCUUUCAGAUUGUGGUGACCACCUGCGCCAGUGCGGGGCACGACCUCGUGAAAGGUGAGCACUUCCAGCGCGUGAUCAUUGAUGAGAGCACCCAAUCGAUCGAGCCCAGCACUUUGCUUCCCAUCAUCAACGGCUGUUCACAUCUGGUCCUAAUUGGUGAUCACCGGCAGUUGCCCCCUACCGUGAUCUCCGACGACGCCCGCCGCGGCGGCUUGGAGCGGUCGCUCUUCGCGCGCCUGGUGGAGGCGCCGCAGGGCACAGGCGGAGCCGCGUUGGUGGAGCCGUUGCUGCUGAACGAGCAGCGCCGGAUGCACCCGUCCAUCGCGGAGUUCCCCAACCAACACUUCUACCAGGGACGUGUGAGGGAUGAGGUGCCAGCACGGCCCCCCAUCCGGCAGCUACAGUUCCCUCAGAAGGAUGCCUUGCGCGUGAUGCUCAUCGACUGCGGCAUGGACGAGGAGCGCUGCGGUACCUCAUGGCGCAACGCAGGGGAGGCCGAGGCCAUCCGCCGGGUGCUGCAGCACUUGAGGCCCAACAGCACGCAGGGCGAGAUCGCGGUCUUGACACCGUACGUGCAACAAAAAGAGCUGCUGAAGUCUGUGCUGGCGGAUGCAAAGCUACAGGUGCCUGUCUCGACGGUGGACGGCUAUCAAGGAGCCGAAGCCGAGUUGAUCCUCUUCUCCCUGGUGCGCGGCAACUCUUCCGGGCGCCUCGGCUUCGUCCGCGACCUGCGCCGCGCGAACGUGGCGCUGACGCGCGCGCGGUCUGGGCUGCUGGUCUUCGGGGCGCGGGAGACGUUGCGGCAGGAGGAGGACCAGCAUUUGGGGCACCAGCUGCGGGGGCACCAGCAUGCCAUUUUGGUGCCGUGCUCUUCUUGGGCCUGGGUGGUCCAAGGGGACCAGAAGCCUGGCACCAAGAAAUGUGGGCACAUGGGUGGCAAGGUCUUGGUCUCCACCCAGGACGCGGCCGUUCACGCGGCCGAGCACAUUCAGCGCUUGAUCGCCAUCCGUCUGCAGGCUGACGUGCUGAACUCUCCCCUGGUGCUGGUGGCCCGGACGGACGCCGAAGCAGCCACCAUGAUCGACAGCAACAUCGAGCCUCGGCGUAAGGGAGCCAUGAGGAAGGGCACCGACAAGGAUUGGGAAGAGAGGUCUGGCUGCAUGACUUUCCCCGAUGCUGUGGCCAAGGCUUUGAAAGCCAAGGGCCAGGACCCUGCAAAGUGGCUCCAAGAUGCACGCAAGAUGUCCUUGGAUCAGAUGCGAAAGGCCGCAGCAGGCAUGGGCUGCGACAUUUUCUUUGACUGGGAUUCUGCCCGCUCUGUUGAGGGCUACUUCCGUAUCAAGGGCUCCACUGAGUUCUGCAUCGAGCGUGCCAUUGCAUUUGCACCGUAUGCUGACAGCAUUUGGAUGGAGACCGGAAAGCCCAUUCUUGCGCAGGCCACUCAGUUUGCCAAAGAAGUGCGCGCUGCUGUGCCUCACCAGAUGCUUGCAUACAACCUGAGCCCAUCUUUCAACUGGGACAGUGCUGGGAUGACUGAUGGGCAGAUGGAGUCUUUCAUCUGGGAUCUUGCCAAGCUCGGCUUCUGCUGGCAGUUCAUCACUUUGGCUGGCUUCCACUGCGAUGCGCUCAACAUUGACCUCUUCGCCAAGGAGUACAGCAAGCGUGGCGCCGCUGCCUAUGUGCAGAUGAUCCAGCGUGAGGAGCGCAAGCACAAGGUGGAGACCCUGACCCACCAGAAGUGGAGUGGAUCUGAAAUCGUGGACGAGAUGGGUUGGCGGCCCAGUUUGCAUUCCGCCAUGGACGGCGCGAUGCGCCCACCGCCGGUGCCUGCCAAGAGGAAGGCCGCGGUGGCGCCGCCGGCGGAUGAACCGGCGCCGAAGCGCAUUGAGCUUGGGGACGACUUGCCAGAUGAGGUGUCCAAGGAAGACAUUCAACAAAUGCUGGACAAGGCAGAUGUCGAAACCUUAAACGAGGCCUCCUUAAAGCGCAUGCACCUGCAGUUUGAGCGCAAGGUCAAGGUGAAUCGUGAGCUUCGAAUCAAGCAGCUUGACUGCAGUUGCGCCGUCACACCGAUUUCCUGGGGACAAGGCUUGUUGGUGCAAGCCUUGAGCAAGCACGCUGAUGAUCCGGACAAGUUUCUCAAAAGCGAGGUGGACUUGGAUGAGGAGAUCAAGAAGUUCACCCUAGUGGCCACUCACCCGGAGCUGUACGGAUCACUCCUGAAGUUGGAGACAUUGCCGCUACUGGUGGGGAUGCUGAACCACGUGAACACCGACAUCGCCGUGGACAUCUUUGAGGUCUUGAGCGAACUCACGGACCCCGAGGUCUUGAGCGAAGUGGACGAGCCGGAAGUCUUCGUGAAGGCCGUCUUCGAUGCGCAGCUCUGCCAGAUGACGGUGGAUGUGCUCAUGCGUAUCGAUGAGACGGUGAGCGAUGAAGACUUCAAGGCGGUGACGAAUGGCUUAAGCAUGAUCGAAAACCUGGCGGACCUCAUGCCUCAAGAGACAUGUCGACAGUUCCUGGAGAUCCCCAACUUUCUGCCCUGGCUGAUUAAGCGCUUGCGAGCCCAGGGGAUGGACUACAACAAGGUCUACUCCUCUGAGAUCCUGGGCAUCAUGCUUCAAAACUCGGAGCGCGCCAGAGAGGAGAUGGUGAAGCUGGAAGGCGUGGACAAGCUCCUUCGCGGCAUCGCCGCCUACCGCAAGCGCGACCCCGCGGACAGCGAGGAAGCGGAGUACGUGCAAAACAUGUUCGACUGCAUUUGCUCCUUGAUGUUGCUGAAGGCCAACCAGAUCGCCUUUGGAAACUUGCAGGGGCUUGAGUUAAUGAUCCGGAUGAUGCGGGAGAAGGUCUUUGCCGCCACCUUGGCGUUGAAGCUGGUGGACCAUUCCUUACGGCACUGCCCCGAGAAUUGUCAGAUCUUUGUCGAGAAGCUUGGGCUCAAGGUCCUCUUCGCGAUCUUUAUGAAGAAAGGAGCCAAGACCAAGAAGCCGAGCGAAGCGAAGGAGGUGGAAGAACAUGUCACUUCCAUCGUCCAGUCGCUGUGUAGAUACUGCACUGGAACGCCGGUGGCACGGGUGCUGAACAAGUUCAUGGAGAACAACUUUGAGAAGUUGGAACGCUUGCUGGAGAUGCAUGAGGAGUACCAUCGCUCGGUGCUGGAGGCGGACCGGUUGCGGGACCAGGGCUUGGCCACGACCAUUGACCGAGAGCUGGAGGUGAAUGAAGAGGAGCAGCUCUUUUUAGAUCGCUGCGAUGCCGGCCUUUUCACCUUGCAGCAGGUGGACUUGAUCCUCGUGCGCCUGGUGAACAUGGGCAACCGGCAGGCCAGUGAAGAGAUUGGUAAGCUGAUGGAUGUGAAAGGAGUGAAGCUGGAAGAGAUCCGCAACAUUGUGGUGGAGUAUUGCAGCAACCUAGGGCAAAAAGCACAAGAAGAAAGAAGGGAGGUGAUCUCCUACAUGCGUGCGAUGCUCACGAGGUACGGCUCGGAGGCCACGCUGGAGGAGCCGGCGCUCGCAGGGGCAAAGACGCCGGAGGACCUCGAUGGUGCGGUGACUCCCGAGGAGGCGGAUCCGAACCAGGUCACGGAUGACGAAGGUCCAUCCCCGGCAGAAGCUGCAGAAAAGGAUAAGAAGGAAGAGAAGAAAAAGGAGAAGAAGGAGAAGAAAGACAGCAAGUAA